UUCAAAGGUUUUUUAAUAACGCCAUUAAACAGUCGAUUCUGAAACGAUAGCGUUAAGCCGGCUUGGAAAAUUGGCCUAGUAUUAGGUGGUUUGUAGUUCAAUUCAGUUCAUUUUAUUUUGCCAGUAAAAAAAUGUGUAAAAUUAAAAGUAGUAGAUUUUAAUAGUUACUAUUAUUAGUAGUAGCCUAUACUAUGCUGGAGUAAAGCCAGCUAUUCUAUCGAUUUUCAAAAUAAUUUGGACUCAUAAGUGCAUGUGAGAAUAAUAACGGCGUUGACGUCAUAAUGUAUUAACAUGGAGCUACUUGACAGAAAACAAAUGAGACAUAAAAAUAGCCAGUUUACAAACGUCACAGACUGGCGGAAGUAGCCUAUUUUUAUUUUAGACUAGUCGAUAAGCCCGUGGAGAAUUCUACUUAGGCGGGAGAUCAAUGGAACAAAUCGUUGAUCAUUGUUAAUCUGUUAUCUCUGUUGUGUAGAGCUUGAAACACUGAUCGACAAAAUUUAUAACAUCACGUCUGUUUUGAUAACUUGUAACAAGGAUUUUGAGGUUUAUAGAUUUUUUGAUGACGCACUUCAUUGGUACCAUUUUGGUUCCGAGUGGUCUCUAGUUACCCACGUGGGAGAUGAUAUCAGUUAUUUCCACCCCUUUUCCUAAAGGUAUUUAGCCUUAAACUUUAAAGUCCAAUGUAAUGGAUUCACUACUCAUUAUAACGGUAUUUAUUUCGUUAUUUUUGUCUGUGUGUGCUUUAUGAUAGUUGUUUCAUUUUAAUUUAUAAUAUAUUAUAAUUUGUUCUAUUUAAUUGUACAGUACUUUACUUUUCGAAGAAAUUAUUUUGUUCUGCUUCAAAAAAAAAAAAAAAAGAAAGAAAAAAAAAAUUAUGUCAAACUGAUGAACCAACGUCAACAAAGAGCAAAUUUGUCGUUAAACAAAUGAGGUAUAAAAUCAUCUUCUUUACAACUGUCACAGACAGACAGGCACACGGAAGUAGCCAUUGUACCAGACUAGUCGAUACACCCGUUGGAAAAGCUUUUUUCUUCUAUUUUGGCGAACGGUUAAGAAGAUAUAAGGAUUUCACCAAUGUGCAAUUUUUCUUAUUUAGAAAUUAGCUGACCCUAUUAAGUGGAAAUUGAAACACUGAUCAAAAAAAUGUAUCCUGUCUUUUUGAUGAACGGUUUGAUAACGUCAUCAACACGACCAUAUCGAAACAAGUUAACCAAGCUUCAGAAAACAGUCCCAUUUUGGUCCCAGAUUACUCAUCCUUUGUUUAGCUUUAGAAUUAAAAGUGAAAUGCAAUUCAGUAUUCAUUAAUUAAGUUUUUGACGGCAAACUAAUGUAUUGACCGCAAAAAAUAUCUAUUUUGACAGCAAGCGAAUGAGACAUAAACAUCCUUUUUGCAAAUAUCACAGACAGAUGGAAGUAGCUUAUUAUUAUAUACAGAUUUCUCUAAUAGGUUUAUUUGUUAAAUUAACUAUGAGAAUACGUAUGUACGCCUGAUUAGCAAUAUUGUAAAGGUCUCCAGUAGACACUAGCAAAUGGUAUCAUUUUUUACUGUCUCCCCAUAACGUUGUUGCAUAAUUUAUGACUUACAUUCGUCAUUCACUCAUUUUUUUUAUUUUAUUUAACUUUUGUUAUGAACUCUUCGUAAAUUUUCACCUGUCUUUUGUUUCGUUUAUAUCUAUUUUAUUCUUUUUGUUACUCAAACUGUUCAGCGGGAAAACAUGUUUAUCAGCUGUUGUAACAUCUGCUACUGGUCAUGACAACAUCAUGCCUCCCAUAUCGAAUAAGAUGAACACUAUUUUUAAAUAUUUUUAUUUGAUGUAUGUUUUUCCUUAUUCAGGCCAGAAUAUAAAGGGCGAUUAGAGUAAAAGUUAUGCCUUAAACGAUGCCAGAAAUAAUUUUUGAUGACGUCGGCAUAUUUCUAUUAAAUUCUAAUCCAGAAAAAAAAUGUAGAAUUUCAAAAAAGCGAAUAGCUAUUAUAUCAAGAAAUUUAAAGAGCAUCAUUAUAGCUUUUGAAAAUAGAGAUGGCAAACCACCAACUCAAUUGUUUUCCCAACAAUAGUUUUAAUCUUUCCAGUCAAAAACAAUUAAAACACAAACUCAUUAAGCUUCAGGGGCAUUGGUUGAGCAUUCCAAUGUUAUUAACAAAUUUUCCGCAAGGUAGGGUAUUUUGGUCGUUGUACCCCGGCCUUAAUAAGGUUAAAUUUAUAAUCUUUGUAGCCGAUGAUAAUUAAAAUGCUUUUUUGUUUUUAAAAUAUUUGUUCACAACAUUAAAUUGAGAAAACAAUAAAAGCAGAGAAGAUUUUUUUGUCACAAACCUUUAAAAAAGAGAUCUUUUAAACUAUAUCUCUAUGUUUUGCGAUUUUAUUUUAAAGAACAAAACGUUGUCUAUGUUUCGAAGCAUGUGAGAUUUUGAUAAGUUAUCAAAAAAUUGAAAUCGCUAUCUGCAAAUUGCCUUUCAAACUUUUGUAUUUCUUUCCUUCUUUGUUUUAUAUUUGCGAUUACAAUACAGUUUUCAGAGCAAACACAUUGAGUUCUAAAACACAGUUCAUUGUUUAUCCUUCAUCAAUAUAUGUUUUUUACUUGCAUGAAACUUUCAACAUUAUAAACUUUCGCUCAGUGAGUUAAUGUUGAGAUGAAAAUUCAUUUUUACAUAUGGAAGUAUUACUUUAAAUAUUGUUUUUAAGUUAUCUAGCAGUUUGCAUACGCUGAAUUCGUAUUUUAAAAUGAAAAAAUGAAAUCCAUUUGGAAGAGUAAAAAAGAAUCAGUGACAGAGGGUCAGCAUACUGUCAGAUUUUAUAUCAAUCAACUUGAGCGUCAUCUUGACCCCAAUCUACGCAUAAAGAGUCCUUCGAAAAAGCUACUAAAAGGGCUUAUAUCUGUUGAAACGCUUUUGACGUCUCUUGAAGUUGAUCUCAGAUCGAAUCCUAAUGCAACUUGGUUGCGGGAAUUCAUUGAUGAACCAAAUUACGGUCACGUUGGGUUGUUAAAACUUUUGAAACAACUUCAGGACAGCAAUAACAAUCUGGUUUACACAGAAAAAAACAACAGUAAAUCGAAAAAAAAUGAAACUGUCCUAACUAAGGAACCGAACGAUGAACAUUUAUGUCUGCUUUGUAUAAAAGCCAUUGUUCGAAACAAGUAUGGUUUUCAUCAAAUAUUGGCAGCUCCGCGUAGUUUGUCAACUAUGGCCGUUUGCUUGCGACUGUCGAAUGUUAAAACGAAAACGGUUGUUUUGAAAAUAUUUUCAGAAGCGUGUGAGCACCCUGGCGGUUUUGAAAAAGCUCUACAAGCAUUUGAAGACUACAAACAAUUGAAACAAGAAAGAUAUCGAUUUGAGGGAUUAGUGCACACUGUCAUUUUUAACGGAAGACUCAAUAACCCAGCAUAUCAGGAAAUUGUAUUGCAUUUUUUCAACGCGCUGUUAAGUAAUGCACCUUCAUUGAAUCAACGUGUUUUUCAUCAACAAGAAUUGGAACAAGCAGGAUUCAGUGCAGAAAAGGUGGAAAAGGCGUUGGAAGGCUUACGUGCAGAUUGUGUUCGAGAUGAGCUCAAUAAGUGGCAAAACAAUUAUAUUGAUGUUUCUACAACGCUGGAUGAAUUUGUCUCUCUAAAGAGUAGAUCCACCAUGUUGAGAGAAGAGGUUGAUUUAUUACAGUCUCGAUUAGAGGAUGUCGGUAGGGAGAAAAAUAUGUAUGCUCAUGAAAAGAGAGAGCUGGAAAGAAAAGUGGAAGAGUACAAAUUGCGAUGUUCUGAGCUUCAUGGAAAGAUUGAAAAUAUCAAACAUCAACAUCAAGAUUCGAACAAAGAAGAAGACAUUACUCACGCUAUUGAAGAUGUUGUUGAGGAAAUCUUACGACCCUUGACUCCUCCAAUACCAACUCCACCUCCACCACCAAUGAGAAUCAGUUCGAUACCAUCAUCGCCUACCUCUCCUGCGUUUUCCCCGCCUCCUCCGCCUCUAAUACUACCACCGCCACCUCCUCCUGAUUUGAGCUCGUUAGCGAAAGAUUCUCAAGCUGCAUAUCCCACUUCGUCUGCACGGCUACCUAUGUUGCAUUGGCAGCCCAUCACAAGACCUUCAAAAGAAAGUAUUUUUAUGCAAUUGUCCCCAACUUCAAUAUCUGAGAGGCUCAACUUUACACAGUUGGACGAAAUGUUUGAAUUAAAGCAACCGACAGCACCCACGCACAAUUUACAACGCGAAGCUGCACUACUUAAAUUGUCUACUCAAGUAACAGUACUUAAUGCUAACAAAGCACGAAACAUUUUGAUCGCACGAAAACGAAUAUCACUUGAACCAGAAGAUUUGGUAAAUGCAAUCAAUGCUUGCGAUGUUGUUGCUUUGAAUCCUGAAUGUGCAGAACUGUUGUUGAAGUUUACACCCACACCGGAAGAACGAUCUGCUCUGCUCAAGUGUUCAAGUGAUUUUGAAAACAUGGCUGAAGCCGAGAAGUUUAUGAUACAGCUGACGAAAAUAGAAAGAUUGGAAAGUAAAUUAAACACAAUGGCUUUCAUAGGAUCAUUUGAUGAACUGUUUCGUACCGUGUCACCCCAAAUUGAGGCGAUCAUUACUGCUUCUGUUUCGGUAUCCACAAGUCAAAAACUCAGACAACUACUCGAAAUCAUUUUAGCGUAUGGAAAUUAUAUUAACGGUUCCAGACGUGGUUUCACGCGGGCAUUUAAACUUGAUUCUCUUGUUAAGUUGGACGAAAUCAAAACAAACGACAAGAAGAUGUCACUUUUGCAAUACCUUGUACAUAUGAUUCGAGUAGAAUUCCCUGGUGUGCACACCUUUUAUGAAGAUAUUGAAGUUCAGCCUACUUUAAAUGUUUCAAUGGAAACGCUGACUGCGGAUGUACAACACCUAAGAAAAGGAUUAGAUGUCGCCAAAAGUGAACGCGAUAAACAACCUGAGAAUUAUGUUAUACAUAAUUUUUACAAUCGCGCCAUGCUGAAAAUCCAGCAAAUCAGUGAACGAUAUCGUAAAAUGGAUGAAUUGUACAAGGAAGUGUGUCUUUUGUUUUGCGAGGAUCCUAAAACGACAGAGCCAGCGAAAUUUUUCAAUGGUUUUCAAAGUUUUAUUAAUCGAUAUAAACGCGCUACGAAAGAAAUAGACGAGCAUGCACAGGAAGAGAAAACAUUGAGAAAAGCUGAACAUUUGAAAUCACAAAAUGAAAAAAUCCGACAAAAAUCUGCUAAGUUAGCAGCUGAUGCAGUACAAAAAAGACGUUCUUUAUACGAUCAAAGCGAAUAUAGGACACCACAAGAGAGACCUUUAAGCGAAAUGUAUAAUGGGAAUGCUGACUUUACAGACGGACAGGAUUCAACAGAGAAAACAUUAAACAAUAACGAAGAAGAUGCUAUCGAUCAAAAUAUUCUUUAUGUAAACAACGGCCGAAGAAGAUCUAAAAGUUGCGGCCCGUUAUUUAAGGAAGAUUCUUAUCAAAAUAGCCAGAUAUUAAAAGAGGCGCCAGUAAUACAAGUAUUUGAACCAAAUGGCGAGUUGAAUGGAAAUAUUACUUCAUGUUUGUAAUCUUACGCUUCCCUAUUUUUAUAAAAUUCAUCAUUAUAUUGUAAUAUGCGAUACCUGUAGAUUUAAUAAGUAGAAUGCUAACUACUGAGAUUACUUUCUUGAUAUGCGUGCAAUGAAUAAAGAAAUAAUUUAUUCCAACAAAUUUUUUAAAUAAAAAUAUAUUAACAUAUAAAUAAGAAAUUCUUUACUUGGUUUGGACAAGGAUAGCGCUUUGACGCCAGGUUGUUUUAAAGUUUCAACUCAAUACACAUUUUUUCUUCUCAAGCUUAGAAAACAAAUGAUUUUUAAACUCUCAGUUAGUUUACUAGAUCGCAAAUUUAUCAAUUUUGUUUUCGUUAUUACCAAGUAUAAGGAAGGUUAUAGGAAUAUUUUCCAUGCUGUUUUUACACUAUUUGUUGAUUCCAGUAAAUUUAAAAAAUUGCUAUUGUUAUUUGUAAAUAUUUUAACGUUUAUAAAUCAGAAUAUUAUCAAGUAUU